AUGAUCAACAGGUGUAUCCUUCAAAUCGCUCUCCUGUUGUGCUUCUCCACCACAGCUCUAUCCAUGAGCUACAACUCGCUUCAAAACAAACUACGCAACGGAAGUCUGGAGUGUGCAAAGCUCCUGCUCCAGUUGAAUGGAACGACUGACAACUGCAUCAAUGAGAGGAUGAACUUCAAAGUCCCCAAGGAGAUUAAGGAACCAGAACAGCUCCAGAAAGAAGACACCACCUUGGUUAUCUUUGAAAUGCUCCACAACAUCCAUGACAUUUUCAGAAAAAAUUUCUCUAGCACUGGCUGGAAUGAGACCCUUGUUGAGAACCUUCUUGGUGAAACCCAUUUGCAGAUUCAUCAUCUGAAGAGCAAAAUAAACAAAAAGGUCACCUUGAAGAGCGUCACAAUAAAUCUACGCCUGAAGAGCUAUUACUGGAGGAUCGUGGAUUAUCUGGAGACCAAGCAGUAUAGCAACUGUGCCUGGAAAAUAGUCCAGUUGGAAAUCUUCAGGAACUUUUCCUUUAUCAUCAUUCUCAUAGAUUACCUCUAAAACGGAUGUCUCUGCCUCUGGAACUGGGCAAU